AUGGGUGCGCACACGCGCUUUGAUGAUGCCGACGAAGAUGGCGCACCUGCGACAGGGUCCCAGGCAAAUGCCAACAGAAAGGCUCAUGGAAAGGACCACGGCAUCUCAAAACCAAGCAAGGCCAGCGAGAGCCAACAGCGAGGGAGGCAACGCAAGACCAAGUCUGUGCGCUCCCAGAUACGGUCCAUCGAGAGGCUAUUAAGGAACAAAGGCUCAGAGUUUACGCCCGCAUCGAAAAGAGCAAAGGAAGAACAACUAAAAGAGCUUGCUAGAAUAAGGGACGAGCACGACCGCCGGGAAGCGGAAAGGAAAACAACCAGCCAGUACCGGAUGAUAAAGUUUUUCGAGCGGCGAAAACUGCAACGUACGCUUGACAAGAUUGUCGAACACGGCGACAAGCCGGAAGAUGCGGACAAAAGGAAAGAGAUAUUAAGAGAUAUGCGGUACAUCAACGAAUAUCCGAAGGACAAAAAGUAUAUUUCUCUCUUUCCUUCUGGUGGGCAUACUGACGAAUCUCGGAAGCGCGUUGAAGCAAUGCGGCUUGAAAUUGAAGGCAAGGCAAUUCUGCAGAAGUCGGGGGAUCCGUCCACACCAAAAGCAGACGAGGGAGAUAAGCCCUUGCAAGGUGAUUCGUUCUUCCUGAACGAUGAGUCCGGUUGAUAAAGACGGAUGUUGCAGGUUUCGCGCUCCACGAAUAGU